UAAUUAAAAAAAUUACAAAUUUCAUCUCCCCAUUCUUUUUCAUUUUAUAUUGAUUUGGGACGGAUUUGAGACAAAAAGAAGAAGAAGAGUAAACCCAAACAAAAUUUGGACGGAAUAGGAUCCACGCUCCGGGAUGGAUCGACCCGAUUAGUUCAUCGCAAUUGAAAAUUCGAAUGCACAGUUUACCCGUGCUUUUUAAUAAUCUGCUAUUCUAGUAAAAUUCUGUUCUUCAGAGAUGACUUGAAUCCUACCCUCCUUCAGAUCCACUGAACCGGCUCAGAAGUAUGGAAUGGAACCCUUAGAAAGGAAGAAAGAGGAUAUCAGAAAUGUGAGAUUCCAAGGCAUCUGAAGUAAAUCUUGCUGUUUUCGAGCUUCAAUGGAGUUUACAGAAGCAUAUAAACAGUCCGGGCCUUGCGCUUUCUCUCCAAAUGCUCGAUUUCUCGCCGUGGCGGUCGACUACCGCCUCGUGAUUCGGGAUGUGCUCUCCCUCAAGGUGGUGCAACUAUUUUCAUGCUUGCAUAAGAUCACGUACAUCGAAUGGGCUCCUGAUUCACAAUACAUCCUUUGUGGCCUUAACAAGAAACCAAUGAUCCAGGCAUGGUCACUCACACACCCGGAAUGGACAUGUAAAAUAGAUGAAGGAAUUGCGGGCAUUUCUUAUGCUAGGUGGAGCCCGGACAGUCGACACAUAUUGACAACAUCUGAAUUCCAGCUGCGGUUAACUGUAUGGUCACUACUCAACACUGCAUGCAUACACAUUCAAUGGCCAAAGCACGGAUCUAAGGGGGUCUCUUUCACCAAGGAUGGGAAGUUUGCUGCGAUUUGCACAAGACGUGAUUGUAAAGACUAUGUCAAUCUGCUAUCUUGCCAGACAUGGGAGAUAAUGGGCGUUUUUGCUGUGGACACUCUUGAUUUGGUUGAUAUACAGUGGUCACCAGAUGAUAGUGCCAUCGUGAUUUGGGAUUCAAUUCUUGAAUAUAAGGUUUUAAUAUAUUCGGCUGAUGGGCGGUGCCUGGCUAAGUAUCAAGCAUAUGAGUGUGGCCUGGGUGUGAAAAGUGUUUCAUGGUCACCUUGCAGCCAAUAUUUAGCAGUUGGUAGUUAUGACCAAAUGCUACGAAUUCUGAAUCACUUAACAUGGAAAGUAUUUGCAGAAUUCGUGCACUUGACAGUAGUUCGAGGUCCUUGCUCUGCUGCUGUUUUUAAGGAAGUAGAUGAGCCAUUUCAACUUGAUCUGGCAGAAUUAUCAUUGAGUGAUGAUUUUGUCAAUCAAAACAACAACGAAGCUCCUGAAAGGCAAAUUCAGGUCAGAUAUGAUGUUAUGGAAGUACCCAUUACUCUGCCUUAUCAGAAACCAGCUGUAGAUAAACCAAACCCCAAGCAGGGAAUCGGUCUAAUGUCAUGGAGCAAUGACAGCCAAUACAUAUGCACUCGCAACGACAGCAUGCCAACUGUCCUCUGGAUAUGGGACACACAGCGUCUCGAGCUGGCCUCCAUCUUGAUACAAAAAGACCCUAUUAGGGCAGUGGCGUGGGACCCGUCCUCCACGCGCCUCGUCCUAUGCACGGGGAGCCCACAUUUGUACAUGUGGACACCCUCGGGUGCUUAUUGCAUAAAUGUCCCUUUGCCUCAAUUCUCGGUGAUGGACCUGCGAUGGAAUUCGGAUGGGAGUUGCCUUCUUCUGAGAGACAAGGAGCAGUUUUGCUGUGCUGCUCUACCGGUACUGCAAGAUUCUAGUGAUUAUAGUUCAGAUGACUGAUCCAGUGUAAUAUUAAUCCAAAGAUUGGAACUUUUCAUGGAGAUUUCAAAUGGGAAGGUAUAUUUCGAACCAGCAUUUGUAAAAUUUUUAGUGUAUCGUUGGGAAAAAAAGGCUAAAAUAAGAGUAAAACAUUGAAAAUAUGCCAAAAUAAGAACUCCACGUUUUUAUUUUCAAAAUAAGAGUUAAAAUGUAUAUACAGUGAUAAUCAUGACCAUAUAUUCCGUAUAUUACUAAAAAGUAUUCUGAAAUGUCCACAUAUGGUGUGACAUUAUUAGAAUGUAAACUUUUAUUUUAGAUAUAAAGAUAUGGAGUUCUUAUUUUGGUAUUUUCUUAAUGUCUUAUUCCUAUUUAGGAUGAUUU